AAGAUCACACAUUAGCAAAAGAAAGAAAAGAGAUAUAAAAUGGAUUCAACACCAACUCAAGUAUAUGAAGAUUUUGUACCAUCAACAAAGCUGGUUCAGGAACAACAUUUUGACACUCUUCACCUUACUCUUCCAGGUUUCAAGAAGGAAGAGCUGAGGGUUGAACUGAACAAAACAGGAAUUCUGAAGAUCAGUGGACAAAGGCCAGUUGGGACGACGAAUAAGUGGCAGAGAUUUCAGAAGGAAUUUCCUAUUGCAGUAAAUUGUGACAGAAACAAAAUCAGCGCAAAGUUAGAAAAUGGAAUUCUUCAUGUUAAACAGCCAAGAAUGAUAACUUCACCCACGAUAAAGGAUAACGAAUUGCCAACCACAUUAGAUGAAAACACCCCUGCAGCUAAAAUACAGACUACCACUUUACGAGACGAAUUUAGUAAACAGGACAAUGCUGAUAUUAAUACCCCUUCUAAAGAAGAACCAAAGGAAACUGAACUUCAUUCAGAAAGAACACCAGCAGAUAAAAGCAGUUCAAGUAGUAGUUCUUACAGUGAAUCGACAGAUGAUGAAACAGUCGGAAAUGUGAGUUGUUUGGUUGCAAACAUGAAGAAGCCAAGGAAAGGGAUGAAAAUGACUCUUGUUGCUCUUUCAGUUCUUGGCAUUGGGCUCUAUGUCGCGAACGUGAUGAAGUCUGCAAACGAAGCUGAAGAAUGAGAAGAGUCUUAAUUUCUAUAGCCAAAAUUGGUUGGGAUGUUUCUAUGAUUGUAAAUAGAAUAACUAGCAAAUGAUAAACUGUAAUCAAUCAAUUUGUUAUGAAUCUUAAAACCAUCACAACUGCUAA